AUGGUGAACUCGCUGCUGUUCGGGGAGAUGGCCUUGGCCUUCGGCUGCCCGCCGGGCGGCGGCGGGGGCUGCCCCGGCGGGGGCGGCGGCGGGGCCGGGCCGGGGCCGUCGCCGGUGACGGCGGCGCUGCGGGACGACCUGGGCUCCAACAUCCACCUCCUGAAGGGGCUCAACGUGCGUUUCCGCUGCUUCCUGGCCAAGGUGCACGAGCUGGAGCGGCGCAACCGGCUGCUGGAGAAGCAGCUGGAGCAGCAGCAGAGCGAGCGCGAGCGGCGGCUGCGCUACAAGACCUUCUCCCGCGAGCAGGCCGUGCAGACCGGGCCUGAGCUGCUGCGGCCGCCCGCGCCCGGCUCGGGGCACUGCAGCGGCGGCGCGGCGGCCGGCGUGAACGCGAACGCCAACGCCGUGGCCCUGGGCGGCCUGCCCCCCGGCGGCGGCCCGCACCUGCAGCACUACGGCCGCCUGCCCGGGACCAUCUGGAGCUACACGCAGGUGCGGCGCACCGGCGGCGGCGGCGUGGAGACCGUGCAGGGCCCCGGCGUGUCGUGGGUGCACCCCGACGGCGUGGGCGUCCAGAUCGACACCAUCACGCCCGAGAUCCGCGCGCUCUACAACGUGCUGGCUAAGGUGAAGCGCGAGCGCGACGAGUACAAGCGGAGAUGGGAGGAGGAGCUGGCCAAGCGCAUGAACCUUCAGACCAUGGUGGACACACUGCAGGAGGCGGCCCAGGAGGCUGACGCCAUCCAGGAGGAAAUGAACGAGAAGAUCGAGCGGCUUAAGGCCGAGCUGGUGGUGUUUAAGGGACUCAUGAGUGACCCCAUGACAGACCUGGACACAAAGAUCCAAGAAAAGGCCAUGAAGGUGGACAUGGACAUCUGCCGCCGAAUCGAUAUCACGGCCAAGCUGUGCGAUGUCGCGCAGCAGCGGAACUCGGAAGACGUGUCCAAGAUCUUCCAGGUGGUCCCCAAAAAGAAAGAGCGCAAGGUGGCUUCCGAUGAUGACAUCUCCGAGCAGGACGGAGAGGUGAACCGGUUCUCGGAUGAAGAGGUCGGCUCCAUGAACAUCACGGACGAGAUGAAACGCAUGUUCAACCAGCUGCGGGAGACCUUUGACUUUGACGACGACUGUGACAGCCUGACGUGGGAGGAGAACGAGGACACACUGCUGCUCUGGGAGGAUUUCACCAACUGCAACCCAAGCAUCGACCUGCAGGGCGAGCAAGAGGAAAACUUGGGCAACUUGAUUCAUGAGACUGAAUCCUUCUUCAAGACGAGAGACAAAGAGUACCAGGAAACGAUAGGUCAAAUCGAGCUGGAGCUGGCCACGGCCAAGAGCGACAUGAACCGGCACCUGCACGAGUACAUGGAGAUGUGCAGCAUGAAGCGCGGCCUGGACGUGCAGAUGGAGACCUGCCGCCGGCUCAUCAAAGGCUCUGCAGACAGGUACGCGCCUGUCCUGCUGGGAGGGGAACGUCUGGGGCCGCAGCCUGCAGGCUGGCCACGUCUCAUCUUCCCAGCCCAUCUGUCCAUCCAUCCAUUGAAUAUUAGCACGCCUACUAUGUGCUAGAUGACUUACCUAUCUAAGCUCCUGUAACUCCCACCACAGUGCUGCCCCCGAGCCCCCAGUUCAGCAGAUACUGCUCUGUGCAAGGUCACGGGGCCCCCCUGCCCUCAUGGAGCUCACACCCCACUUUCUGCUGCCCUGAGGGCGGAGGGGGUGGGCAGGGCAUAGCUCCCCGCUGCUGCCGAGGAGGCCCCCUAUUUGGAGGAAGAGAUUCCCCUUCCUUUCCCUCCAUCCAACCAGGGCCUGUCCCCAGGAAACUGACACGCCCCAGGCAGGACACAGGACAGACAGGGCCCCUGCCUUCAGGGCACGCACAGCCUUGCCGGGGGACAGACCUGCCGAUAACAAAAUGAGAUAGUGCAGGAGCAUGCUUGGCAUGGAGCACAGAUACGUGCAUUGGUUGGAACCGCUCCUCUGGUCGGGUCUAGGCCUGCACGUGAGGCAGGCAGCUCGGUGGGUGGCAGUGCGUGUGGCCUUGGCCUGGCCGGCCGUCCCUUUAGCUCACCAACCCCCCAGAACCUGCUGUUGCCACUCCCCCAUUCAGGUGGAGAAGCAGACGCUCUCAGGCAGGUUAAACACUUGCCCGAGGCCCCCACCCCGACUCAUCCCAGACAGGGCGAGAAUUCCAGCCCGGCCUUCAUUCCACCACCCGUGGGGCCUCCCUUUGAGCGCCGAGUCAUGUGGGGUUCUCUGAGCACCUCCUCUAUGUCCAGACCUGUGUUAGGUGAUCCGAGGGUCAGAACCAAGCAGGGUCUGUGAUCUCGGCUCCCCGGGGACUUUCUGUCUAGCGAGGCCAACACACCCAGACCAAUUAGAGGCUGGGGCAGGAGUCCCAGGGGGUCUGGAGGGCCACGUUCAACCCGUGAGCCAAAAGGAUUCUAAGGGAAGCCGAGGGAGGGCAGGAUCUCAGGGUUGGGACACCCUUGAGGGCGGCUGUGACAGGAGUGGCUCAGCCUUCCUGCCCCUUGACCCCUCGGGGGCCCGGGCUGUUCUCUGAGCGUCCCCUGUCCUCCUGUGCCUUCCAGGAACUCACCGUCCCCCAGCUCCGUGGCCAGCAGCGACUCAGGAAGCACAGACGAGAUCCAGGAUGAGUUCGAGCGGGAGGCAGACGUGGAGCCCAUGGUCAGCUGAUGACCGAGGCCCCGCGCCCGGCGGCCUUGGUGAUGGGUCCCCUGGCCCCCUGCCCACGGGGCCAGGAAGGCUCCUCGGAGCGGGGCUCCAGGCCUCCCCACACGGACUUCCCACGCCCUCCCUUCUCUGGAGGCCCCGAGGGACCGCUGCUUCCUUCCUUCCUUCCACCCCCUCCACCGACGGACCCUUCUCCACCCACCCACCCGAGGAAUGGUGCUGUCAAUUUCUAUUGUUCUCCACAUCACAAAUGCAGACUUCUGUCUGGACGAUGCAGUGUUAACGGUGCCUUCUCCCUUAAGCUGAGCCACUUUGAGCUCCAAAGAAUUAUUCCUAGCAGGUGUUUUUAUACAAAACUCUAAGGUGAGGGCCGGGGCCAGGUGAGGUGUGACGCGGUUGUCUACCCUCCCGCCUGCUCCUCUGAUUGGCGGAGAGCGGUGCCCUCCCUUCCUCUGCGGCCACCAGGACUGACCUGGGGCUGGGGGUGGUCACCUCCCCCUGGGAAGGGGCUGUUUGCCCCUGUGACCUUUCCAGGCCUGGGUGGGGGGAUGUCCCAGAUUUUCUCCAUCCCUGAAAGAGAGAAAGGCGGAAGGAAGGGAAGGAAGACGAAUUUUUAUUUUCUUUUGGGAUCAAGUGGCAAAGUGGGGGACAAGGCACUGUGAGGGGAAGGUGGAGCCUCACUGUGUUUAAACUACUAUGCAAAAAACAAAACAAAAAAAAAGCAGCUUGCCUUACCGUGGUGGAAGGCGGGCCCUCCCCCAGGCUCCCGGUUUCCCUCCAGGGCUGGGAGGGGGCCCAGGUUUGAGGGGGUCUCUCUCAAAGCUCUGAGGGUGGGCACUCACUGCCCCCCCAACUGCUUGUUCUCGCUGGGGCCUCUGUGGGUUUGGGUUGGGGGUGGGGGUCUUUUUUGCCCUGGUGACUCGAUGCUCUUCCCUCCAGCCAGCAGUACGGGGUUCUAGAUCUGUGAUUUCUCUAUGAGAAAGUCUGAAGGGGCCAGGCCUGGUCUUUGCUCCCUUCCCCUGGCCUUGGGCCGGGGCUGGCCGGGUUCUCCACUGCCCCACUGUCCGGCCACUGGCAGGAAGGAGGCGUCGGCAAGGGUGGGGAGGGAGGAGAAGGGCUCUCGGUCGGGGACAGUCCUCUCUGCAUAAUCCACUCCACUGACCGGCUGGGGAGUUAAUCUGAGCCAGUAUCUCCCCAGGGCUUGAAUGGGCCCGAGUUGCAGGGCGCUGUGUGAAGACCACCCACCAAAUCUCAGCUUGGAGCCAGCUGAGCAGGCUUUGCUUUCUUAUUAUUUUUUAGAUGUUUCAUGCCCACUGCAGUGCCCACUGCGGAUGGCUGAUAGUCAUUAUUUUUUGUUGGCCCAGGAGCUCCCUCUGGUGGUCACAGGAGCAAAAUGUGCCCAAGGACCAGAACUGGCUACCCACCACUGCCUCUUCCCCAGGCCGAGGAAGGGGCCCUGGGCUUGAGUGGGAUCCUGGUCUCCCCAGGGCACCACGGACCUUUAAGGGCCUUCUCUCUCUUCCGUUUCCCCCACCUGUUUUACGGUCUUAAAAAUACUGUACAUAAGACUCACAUAUAUGUAUAGUGAGAGAAAGUGAGAAUGUGUUAGUGGCUGUGUGUGAUGUAAUUUAUCAGAAUUUGGUGGCCUUCAUCAUGAGUUUUUUCCUUUAUUUUGUUGGGGGAACAUCCCAUGGGUCCCCUGUGGCAGCCUGGCUGGGAGGCUUCCAUGGUCAGCGCCCCUUGUUAGCCAAACAGUCCCUUUUGGCAGGUACUUGGAGGGACAGUGAUUUGGGAGGAGAGACAGCUCCUUUCUCUCCUCCUCACUGACCCUUGUUCUGAAGGUUACAGGGUUCAAACGUACCUGAUUUUUAUUGUUAUUGUUGUUUUAUUAUUUUUAUUUGAACCAAAGGUUAACAGAGCCAGUUGGGCUUGGACCUCAGCUGCUGAAAAGGUUUUCCGUUUCCACGAGGGCAGGAGACUGUCCGCCCCGUGGGUCCCUCUGUCCAGGGCGGAGGGCGGCGUGGAACUGCGUGUGGUUUGGGAGGGGGGCGGGCGGGGUGGAAGCUGGCCCUGGGCGGUUCCUCAGGGUGGCGGGAGGGUGACAGACAUAUCUUUAGAGUUAAGACAGUGAGGCAGCAGUGCUAAGAGUUUGAGGGUAACCAAGGUUACCACGGUGAUUGGUGUCUGGUGGUAUUAUUUUUGUUUCCCCCACUGUAUACAUAGGUCAUUUGUCUUUGGGCAUGAGGGUGCUCUGAAUUUGCCUGGGGAGUUUGGAAGCGGCAGGAGCCAGAGAGAGACGCUGGCCUGGGAGCGCUGGCUUGCAGUGUCUGCCCUCCGCUUGGGAGCAAGGACUUGGGGCGGGCGGUUGGGGCAGGAGAGCACGGGUUGACCGGCCUGCCCCCUGGGCUGGUUCCUGGGUCUGGCCUGGCUGCCUGUGUCCCCACCACGUGCUUUUUCCAGGGAGUGGCCAGCGGGCCCUGCCCGUCCCUUUGCCGCGAGCCCACAGCUUGCCAAGAAAGACCCCAACGCUUGCUGGGCUAGCGCCGGGCCUAGCUGGGACCAAUUGGUCCGUCCUUUGUAAAGCUGUAAAUACUUGAUUUUCAUUUUCUAUAUCUAAGCCCAGUGUCAUAUUGACAUUGGUAUUUUAGAAGUGUUCUCAGAUGGGCUUCUCCUGUGCUGCCGUCUCUCACUCUCCUACUUUUGGGGGUUUUAUACAGAGGAUUGCGGAGGGGCAGGGAGAGCAGCGUCCUUUUGGCUGCCUGGUUCGCUGUGAAAUUCACACCUACAGUCACUCCUCUGGGACUCUGAGCAGGGAAAGAUGCUGUGGGCACGCACACAUAUUUGGUUUUCCUGUGGCGGUGUGUCCUGAGGUCUCUGAAGCACCAGGCCACCACGGCCUGGCUCUGUGGCGGAGCUCAGAGGACCCAGGGGGAAGCAAACCACUCUGGCUUGGGAUGGGAGGAGAGGGGCAGGGUAGGGGAUAAUAUAAGGUGUAACUUAAGCUAAAUGUAAUCUAUUUAUAAAGCAAGAGACUCUCAUCUAUUUUUAUGAAAGGCAAGGUUUUUUAAAUCUAGGGUAGGCAGUUGUGGGGGCCCAGCGUUUUCCCGUGGGCAAGAUAGGGUGCAUGUUGCCACAGGGUUGAAUAUAAUCGGUACCCUUCCCCCGCCUCGUCUUCCGUCCGCACUUCUGGGCAUCCACACCCGUGAGCAGCUUCCGCAGAGCGUAGGUCCCACGUCACCCCAUUGCCCUCUCCCCUGACACCUCAGCUCCUUGGGAGUCUUGGAGGGGCACUUGUGGGGGCAGGUGGGCAGUGGGGAAUUCAGAAUUGGGGUGGCCGUGGGGAGGGAACGGGGGCGUGAGGCAGGGGAAAGCUCUGCUGCAGAGGGUGGGCUCUAAUUCGUUACUGUAACUCUGGUCUGCCACCAAAAUCCAUUUCCAACUCCGCCGUGUUGGGAGAGGGUUGAGGUGCAGCAGCACGAGGGUGGCAAUGGGGCUGUCGGGUCCUCCCCCUGUGAGACACCGGACUCCCACUCUAGAGGGAUACUCUGCUCAGGUGAGGAGUCUGGAGGUGGCGGAGAGGGUACAUGUAAAGCCAGAUUCUCCCUGGAAGAGAAUCUUUCCCGGGCCCAGGGUGGGCUGCGUGUUCGUCUUGGGCAAAUCCCUCACCACGCCCCUCCCUCCCAAGCCCUCAAAGAAAUGAGGCAAAGCCCUCCUCCCCACAAGACCCCUCUGUGGACAUUUUAGCAUCUACCUGAUUUUUAGCCCCAUCCAGGGAGACUUUAUAUCCCAUGGUUCCAUCCCACCCUACUGUUGCCGUUUGUCUGCCAGCUGGGUCUAGCAUCACCGCGAAGCGGGGUUUAUACUCACUGAGACUACUGAUCCUACCGGAAACCAACCUGUUUACUGUACUGUUGUAAAUAUCAUGCCCUUUAUAUCCUGUAUAUUGGCUUCUUUUCAAUAAAGUGAAAUGUCUUAGAAUUGAA